CUCCAACCCCCUGUCAACUGUGCGACAGAGCAACAAUAGUGAUUGGUCCAUUCAUAUCCUUGUCUCCCUGGCUUGCGCCCCUUCUAUCGUCCAACAGAUCAGAAGAUAAGGCUAAGAUCGUCAUGGCCAACACUCUGGCUCUCGUCGUGCUGCUCGUUGCGGGGUACGCGGCGCUGGCCUCGGCCACGACGUACACCGUCGGCGACUCGCAGGGCUGGACGACCGGCGGCGACUACAACAACUGGGCCAGAGGCAAGACGUUCGCCGUCGGAGACAAACUAGUGUUCAGCUACGUGAACAAGGCGCACACGGUGACGGAGGUGAACCAGAGCGGCUACGACAGCUGCUCCGGCACCAACGCGCUGAGCGACGACGACAGCGGCUCGACCACCGUCACGCUCACCACCCCCGGUACGCACUACUUCAUCUGCAACGUCCCCGGCCACUGCGCUAGCGGCAUGAAGCUCGCCGUCACCGUCUCCGCCACGCCCUCGGGAAGCACCCCGACCGGCGGGGCCGCCGGGGACGCACUGAAGGCUCCGGCGAUGGGCGCUCUUGUCGCCGCGGCCACGGGGGCUCUGAUCAAGCUCGCGAUGUCCUGACAGAGCACAGCCGUCAUUGACUCGGCGUCUCAGGGUAGAGACAGUGCAUGCAGACAGUUCACAGUUGGUGAUUCGUGUAUUGAGCAUCUGGCCACAUUUCUGCUACGUUUCCUGUCGAUAAUUCGUCGUGCGUCUCAUGUAUUUACGUUAGUUCCGCAGUACUGUGCCUCUGAUGUCUGUGGUUGUGUGUGCAGUGUCCACCAGCUGCAUCAUCGUGUCUGAUAUCUGCUCGUUGUGGGGAUUAUCUUUGUGUAAUUAUAAUUUAUUCUCUUUGUGCUCAA